AUGGCUUCUUCCAACUCCAAUGCUGGUGGUGUUGAAGGCAACAACUCCAAUGCUGAACUUGAAGCUUGUGUGCAGAAAAUUGACCUGAACAACAUGGAUGAGGAAAUGGUUGAGAAGGAACCUGCUGUUGACUCUCCUGCAAGGGACCCUCCAACUGCUGAAAAUUCCAAGGAGCAGGAAGGGGAGUCUCAGGAGGAUGACAUUGAGUUGGAAGGGGAGGAGGACAUUCUGCAGGCUGAAAUUGCUAAGCUGCAGGAUCAUGCUGUUGAGCAGGAUACGCGCAUCCAGCAGCAGCAGUCACUCAUCACCAACCUCACGAGGGAGCUCUCUGACCAGGACGACAAAAUCAAGUACCUGGAAGUUGAGCUCAAGAACAUGAAGCACGACGCGCGUGAGCACGUUCACCAGCUGGCGAGGCAGACCUCAAAGAUCAACGAGCUGCGCGAGGCCUUCAGUGCCCUCCGAAGGGAGACCAUGUAUCGCCCUGCACCACGAGCGGACCCGCCUACCAACUCUGCUAGCGGUCGCACCAACCCUUCUCGCUCUGGUGGUGCAGGGGGUGACCCUGGUCCUUCUACGCAGCGCGCUGCUGAGCCGAGCACGCAGGCCUUUGGCUCUCUGCCGAUCACCCUGCCGCCAUUCAUACAUGGCAAGACGGACGUGGCUGCGUGGUUGUCAAUAAUGACCGACCUGUUCAAGGCGCACAAGGUCCAGGACGACGCUCGCGUCGUCGCUGCCACCACCGUGCUGGACCAGAACGCACAGCGAGUGGUGUAUGGCAGCAAGAUCCAGGCUGAGGCGGAUAGGAAGCCGUUUGGGUGGGAGGAAUUCGCUUCUGCACUCAAGCAGGCUUUCCAGGUCCAGCCGACCCAGCUGGAGGUGCGCAGUCGCCUUGAGAAGCUGCAGUGCGGGAACCGCACAGUGCAGCAAUACGCUGUGGAGUUCGAGGAGAUUUGGGUGCUGCAGAAACCGGCUGAGCGCAUGAGCGAGGGUGAGAAGAUCCAUCUGUUCUUCAGGGGGCUGCCUGAGCACCUCAAGAACAUGCAUAUGACGGAUGGGGCUGGGGAGGCAUGGCGGUCCUAUGAUCACCCGCAGCAGGCCUCAAGGCCGUCUUCUAGCACUGGGGGUCCGAGUGGAAGGCAGCAGUGUUCGCCUUGGAAGGGCGGGAACCACAAGAGGCCCUUCCAGCAGGGGCAGCAGGCUGACCACAAGGCCAAGAAGGUCAACGAGGGUGGACCAAGCAAUGUCCAGAGCUGCUUCAAGUGCGGCAAGCCUGGACACAAGGGCUAUGAGUUCCGCCACCGCAAGUCGGUGAAGUACCCUGGCAAGCCCAAGACGGACAACAAGCGCAAUGACGGCAGUGGUCCCUCGGGCAGCCAGCGGGAUUUUGCAAAGCCCAACUAG